AUGGAUCAAAUACUUAAAUGUUGUCAACAAUACCAUGUGUCGAUGUUUCAGUUAUGUUUAACAUGUUACUAUAUUUAUUUAUAUAAACUAACAAACGGUGAUCAAGAUCUAUGCAUUUGUAGUGUGCAUGCAAAUCGUCAUAAACCAGACUUACUUCCAAUAAUUGCGGAGUCACAACAAUUAGCCAUUAUUCUUGAUAGUCAAUCAUUAACGUAUGCUGAAAUGUUAUAUUAUGUUCAACAAGUGUCAUUACAUUUCAUAGAUAAAUAUCAUGUUAAAUCACAACAAAUUAUAUGUCAAUGUAUUGAACGAUCGAUUGAAAUGGUUAUUGGUAUAUUAGCUAUUUCAACGACUGGCUAUGUUUACUGUCCAUUAUCACCAAAUGAUCCAAUAGAACGUCUCUAUCACUAA